CGUGCUCUAGCCCAAUGGUCCUGCAGUGGGAGGGACCUGUGACAGGGGUUCGAACUCUGGAGUUGUCCUUUCGGCCCACGUGGGGAGCUACGCGGUAGAUCCGGCUUGAAUUCCUAGUGCGGGAGAGUAACCUGCGGUGGAGAUGGGGCCGGCCCCCGCCGGAGAGCAGCUUCGCGGAGCAGCAGGGGAGCCAGAGGUUUUGGAGCUUGGCCUGGAAGAGGGGAGCAAGGAGAAGGUGACCUCCAGAAAGCGCGCAAAAACUGAGCCACCUGCAGACAGCCUCCUGCAGCCCGUGAAGCUCAGUCGGGCAGAACUGUACAAGGAGCCUACAAACGAGGAGCUGAAUCGCCUGCGGGAGACGGAGAUCUUGUUCCACUCCAGCUUGCUUCGCUUGCAGGUGGAGGAGUUACUGAAGGAAGUGAGACUCUCAGACAAGAAGAAAGAGAGGAUUGAUGCUUUCCUGAAGGAGGUCAACCAGCGGAUCCAGAGAGUGCCCUCAGUCCCUGAGACUGAGCUCACCGACCAGUCAUGGCUCCCAGCUGGCGUUCGAGUGCCCCUCCACCAGGUGCCCUAUGCUGUGAAGGGUUCCUUCCGCUUCCUGCCUCCGUCCCAGAUCACUGUCGUGGGCAGCUACCUUCUGGGCACUUGUAUCCGACCAGACGUCAACGUGGAUGUGGCGCUGACCAUGCCCAGGGAAAUCUUCCAGGACAAAGACGGCCUGAACCAGCGCUACUUCCGCAAGCGUGCUCUUUACCUAGCUCACUUGGCUUACCACCUGGCCCAGGAUCCUCUCUUUGGCAGUGUUCGCUUCUCUUACACCAGUGGCUGCCACCUGAAGCCCUCGCUGCUGCUGCGGCCACAGGGGAAGGAUGAGCGUCUGGUUACUGUACGCCUGCAUCCGUGUCCUCCUUUGGACUUCUUCCGCCCUUGCCGCUUGCUGCCAACCAAGAACAAUGUGCGUUCUGCCUGGUACCGAGGGCACAGUGCUCCGGAGAAUGCUAGCCCAGAGCCCCCCACACCCCACUAUAACACAUGGAUCCUGCAGGAUACAGCUCUUGAGUCCCAAAUGCACCUGCUAUCCAUUGUGUUGGGCUCUGCCCAGGGGCUGAAGGAUGGUAUAGCACUUCUGAAGGUUUGGCUGCGGCAGCGGGAGCUGGACAAGGGCCUGGGUGGAUUUAAUGGCUUCCUUAUUUCCAUGCUGGUUGCCUUCCUCGUGUCUAAGCGCAAGAUCCAUACUACCAUGAGCGGCUACCAGGUCCUGAGAAGUGUCUUGCAGUUUCUGGCCACUACGGAUCUGACGGUCAACGGAAUCAGUUUAUCUCUGGGUUCAGAUCCCUCCAUGCCAGUCCUGGCCGACUUCCACCAGGUCUUCCCAGUUGUGUUCCUGGACUCCACAGGCCACCUCAACCUCUGUGCCGAUGUCACAGCUUCUACUUACAAGCAGGUGCAGCACGAGGCCCAGCUGUCCAUGGCCUUGCUGGACAGCCAAGCUGACGAUGGAUUUCACUUGCUGUUGAUGACUCCCAAACCCAUGGUGCGGGCUUUUGACCACAUUGUCCAUCUCCGCCCACUGAGUCGUCUGCAGGCAGCAUGUCACCGGCUAAAGCUCUGGCCAGAGCUACAGGACAAUGGUGGGGACUAUGUUUCGGCAGCUUUGGGCCCGCUAACCGCGAUUUUGGAGCAGGGUCUGGGGUCCCGGCUGCGCCUUCUGGCUCACUCUCGGCCUCCAGUCCCAGAGUGGGACAUCAAGGAAGAUCCACCGAAGCACAAGGACUGUGGGACCCUGACCCUGGGGUUGCUCCUCCAGCCUGAGGGACUGACCAGUGUUCUUGACCUAGGUCCUGAGGCUGACCGGCCUGAGGCUGCUGAGUUCCGUCAGUUCUGGGGGUCCCGCUCAGAACUGAGACGUUUUCAGGACGGAGCCAUCCGGGAAGCUGUGGUCUGGGAGGCGGCCUCUGUUUCUGAGAAGCGCCUUAUUCCUCAACAGGUGGUCACCCACCUCUUGGCACUCCAUGCUGACAUCCCAGAUACCUGUGUCCACUAUGUGGGUGGUUUCCUUGACGCACUGAUCCAAGGCCCGAAAGAGCUGUCCAACACAGGUGAAGAAGCCCUGGCAUCAGCUGUGCGUAGCUAUGAUGACCUCAGCCGCCUGCUGUGGGGGCUGGAAGGACUCCCACUCACCGUGUCUGCUGUUCAGGGAACUCACCCAGUGCUGCGCUAUACAGAGGUAUUCCCUCCAACCCCGGUUCGGCCUGCCUAUUCCUUCUAUAAGCAUCUCAAAGAGCGGGCUUCCCUGUUGCCCCGGCUGGAUAAGCCCUGCCCAGCCUACGUGGAGCCUAUGACUGUGGUUUGUCACCUCGAGGGCAGCGGAAAGUGGCCUCAGAGUGCCGAGGCUGUGCAGCGGGUCCGAGCUGCCUUCCAGCUGCGCCUGGCGGAACUGUUGUCGCAGCGGCAUCGGCUGCAGUGCCGCGCCACCGCCACACACACCGACGUCCUCAAGGAUGGGUUUGUGUUCAGAAUUCGAGUGGCCUAUCAACGGGAGCCACAGAUCCUGAAGGAGGUACGGAGCCCCGAGGGCAUGAUCUCUAUGAGAGACACACCCGCCUCCCUCCGCCUUGAGAGAGAAACCAGGCUGUUGCCCCUGCUCACCAGUGCCCUGCAUGGACUCCAGCAGCAGCACCCGGCCUUCUCAGGUGUGGCUCGCCUGGCCAAGCGGUGGGUACGUGCCCAGCUUCUGGGUGAUGGAUUCACCGAUGAGAGCCUGGAUCUGGUGGCUGCUGCCCUCUUCCUGCACCCCGAGCCCUUCACCCCUCCCAGCUCCCCGCAGGUUGGCUUUCUUCGAUUCCUUUACCUGGUCUCUACCUUUGAUUGGAAGAACAACCCACUCAUUGUCAACCUCAACAGUGAACUGACUGCUGAGGAGCAGGUAGAGAUUCGAAGUAGUUUCCUGGCAGCUCGGACACAACUCCCGGUCAUGGUCAUCAUUACUCCCCAGGACCGCAGAAGCUCUGUGUGGACGCAGGAUAGACCCUCUGCCCAGAUCCUUCAGCAGCUCGUGAUACUGGCCGCUGAAGCCCUCCCUGUCCUGGAGAGGCAGCUGAUGGAUCCCCGGGGGCCUGGGGACAUUAGGACAGUGUUCCGGCCACCCUUAGACAUGUACGAUGCACUGAUCCGCCUGACUCCCCGCCACAUUCCCCGGCACCGGCAAGCCGUGGACUCUCCAGCUGCCUCCUUCUGCCGGGGUCUGCUCAGUGAGCCAGGGCCUUCGUCUCUGAUGCCUGUCGUGGGCUACGAUCCCCCUCAGCUCUAUCUGGCAGAGCUCAGGGAGGCCUUUGGAGAUCUGGCACUUUUCUUCUAUGACCAGCAUGGUGGGGAGGUGAUUGGUGUCCUCUGGAAACCCACCAGCUUCCAGCCCCAGCCCUUUAAGGCCUCCAACGUAAAGGGACGCAUGGUGGUGUCUCGAGGUGGGGAGCUUGUGAUGGUGCCCAACAUAGAGGCAAUCUUGGAGGACUUUGCGGUGUUGGGUGAAGGCCUGGUACAGUCUGUAGAGGCCCGAAGCGAGAGAUGGACUGUGUGACUCCAGCAUUGACAAGCAGUAGGAGGGCCAUGGGACCUUGGACGUCUGGAGCAGACGCUGCUUCAUGGACACAUGAGAAAGCCUUGCCAGAUUUUUCAGUUCUGUGCUUUAGCGCUGGGGCGGGGGCCAUGGUGUCUUGUGUCCCCAGACCUGACCAACCAAAUUCUCGGAAGAGGAGGAGCCAGCUCAGAGGAAACUGAAUCCACCAGAUCCUUUUGCCUAUCAGUUCCGAAUCAGCCUGGACUGUUUUUCUUCACUUUUGUUUCUCUCUCCAUCUUCAUCUUGAAACAGUUGAAGGACAUGUGCCUGCCUGGUGUGGAGGCCAGGUCUUCAUCCCACUGGCAGGACAUACGUGCCCAGAUAGCAGUUGUGCCUUCAGAUCUUUAGAUAGGACCCAGAGAAGUAUGGCCGUUCCUGAAGUGGACCAACACCAACACUGUACAGUGGAAAAGGGGUUGUGCGUGUAUGAAUAGAGCCCAUUGAACAACCGCAGUGCCUUUCCGUGUUAGUGCCUCCCAGCAGAGUAACAGUGGGGAGAAGACCUGGACCUGACAGGGCCUGGGUGUGUGGAGUUGAGGGGGAUCCUCCAGUCCAGAAGGAAUGCAUACAGCACUGGGUGCUGCUGCCU